CGACAUCAAUUGUCACUUCGUGAAAAUAGUAAAAAUGUCUAAACGUAAAGUCGUGUCUUGGUUUUAAAUUUUUAUAUUUAUUUCAAUUUGUUUAGCAUGAAAUGUGCUAAUUAUCGCACAAUAAAUUCAAUAUGGAACUGUUGUCAAUAUUGUGGAAUAUUAUUUUAAUAGGACUCGUCAUAGUACCAAUAUUGUUUGUUGCGAUAUGUGUAGUGCUUUAUCUGGUAACAGAUCCAUAUCCAAUAGUUAUGAGAUAUGAAGAUGAGAAGACAUAUAGGGAUAGUAAAACUGGUGCACGACACAAGUUUCCUGAUCUCGAGCAGCCGUUUAGCGUUAACUUGAGUGUGGUGGUGCCUGCAUAUAAUGAGGAAGACAGGUUACCAUCUAUGCUGGAGGAAACGAUAGAGUUCCUCGAAAAGAGGCUUCAAGAUCAUCCUUCAUAUAAAUACGAGAUAAUUGUAGUAAGUGACGGCAGCCGAGACAAGACUGUGAAGGUAGCUGAGUCGUUUGCGGAGAAGUAUGGCUCGGAGAAGAUUAGGUGCCUCGAGCUGGUCAAGAAUAGAGGGAAAGGUGGAGCUGUGCGAUUGGGUGUACAAAGUUCAAGAGGCGCAACCAUUUUGUUCGCGGACGCUGAUGGCGCGUCCAAGUUCGAAGACUUGACGAAACUGGAAGCAGCUUUGAAGGGACUGGUGAAAUGUGACCCUCUGACCCAGCCCAGCGAGGUCAGUGACCAGCUGGCCUUGGCUAUUGGCUCCAGAGCUCACCUGGAGAAAGAGUCCUUGGCUACCAGGAGUGUUUUCAGAAACAUACUAAUGUACGGGUUCCACUUCCUCGUGUGGCUGUUCACGGUGAAGGGCAUCAAGGACACGCAGUGCGGCUUCAAGCUGUUCACGAGGCGAGCCGCCAAGGUCUGCUUUCAGAGUCUACACGUCAAUAGAUGGGCUUUCGACGUAGAGCUGUUGUACAUAGCGCAAAAACUGAACAUUCCUAUAGCUGAGAUUCCUGUGCGAUGGACUGAAAUCGAGGGGUCCAAGGUCACUCCGGUAUUAUCCUGGAUCCAGAUGGGUCUAGACCUGGGCAUCAUUUGGCUGAAGUAUAUGAUUGGCGCGUGGAAGAUCAAAAGUGAUAAGGUAGACUAAGGGAAAUGUGGCGAGAGCCAUUUAUUUUUAUUGUAUCUUACAGUACAUAUUAAAUGUAAUAUCCCAUGUU